GGAAAAGGAAUGGGGCAAGUGGCGACUAUUCCCCUGCGGAGCGGCUCCUACGUCCUGGAACUACAUGAAUGGUAUAGAAAGUUCGUGCAGGAAUGUCCCAGUGGACUCAUCACCCUCCAUGAAUUUCGGAAGUAUUUCUGUGACUGCACGGUGGGCACAGAAUCCUCUGAAUAUGCAGAGAAGAUAUUUCGGAACCUGGAUAAAAAUGGGGACGGGAUUGUGGAUUUCCGGGAAUACGUUACGGCUAUCAGUAUGUUGGCGCAGGGGUCCCCGGAGGAGAAGCUCCGUUGGUCGUUCGAGCUGUACGACAAGGACAGAGACGGGACAAUCACUCGCUGUGAGAUGUUGGACAUAAUGAAGGCCGUUUACAAAAUGAGUUUGGCGACUUCUCUGGCGCAGUCCAACCCCCCGACGGCCGAGGAAUGUACCAACCGGAUCUUUAUUCGACUGGACAAGGACCACGAUGCUCUGAUCAGCCUGCAGGAAUUCAUAGAUGGGUCCCUGGAUGACGAUUGGAUACGGGACAUGUUGGAAUGUGACCUGCGGACCCUCCAUGUCCAGAGACCCCACAAACAUAUCCACCUGCUCUCCCACUCCUCCCGGGACAACCUGUUCCUCAAUGAAUUCAGCCAAGAGCAUCAAUAGAACCAGCCGGAACCUAUUUAUUCCCCGAGCAGAAUCUCCCGCCCCCCCCCCCCCCAUUCCCCCAAUGGUGUUUAUAUUCUGUGCAGGGGGGGCACCCCUUCAUUUUUUUACUUUGGAUUUGUAUUUGUCUAAAUGAAACAUUAAGAUUUGAUUAUUCA